AGAGAGAGAGAGAGAGAGAGAGAGAGAGAGAGAGAGAGAGAGAGAGAGAGAGAGAGAGAGAGAGAUGAUGAUGAUCGAGUGUCCGUUUAAUCAUGCGUACAAUUGGUGUUAUCUAUGUCUUAGUCGAGCUACCGUAAUUAUCUUCUACCCUCUACCUCCCCCUUUUCUUUCUUCUACCACGUUCUCUUCUCAUGGAUCUGCCUUCUUUCGUCCUCUGCGGGGGCUCCCGUUUCGACUUCGGAAUAGGAGAGCUAUCACGAGGGAACGAACCGGCGGACUAAUCAACGGAGAAACUAACGAACAAGCCUGCGCGGGCAUUGUUACUGUGGCCUGUUGUUGUCAUCAGACUUGUCCGACCGAGGGAAAUCUCUGAUUUGUCAGACCGAGGGAAACAUAUAAACCGAGGGGAAUAUGUAAAGCAGCAAGAUGUUGUUCGUUGAAUCUCGUCAGCUCCAGUUGGUAGUUGGUACAGGCGUUAAUACAGUAAGUCGUCUAAUUAAUUCAUGAGUGGUGGGGAUGAUUCGAGCCUCGUGUCGCGCUCCCGCUGGUUGUUUCCGGCGCACAAUGGCAUUGCGGUGGCAGUUGCAAAGGGUGUGGAGAGGGGAGGAGGGGGCGGGGGUGGGGGAUGGAUAUGGUGGAUAUGGUGGAUGAAGUGGAUGAAGUGGUUGAAGAAGCGCCAAUCGUGCGCACAUAUUACAAUAUAUAUGUUUCUAUUUUUUGGUAUAUAUAUAUAUAUGUAUAUAGAUAGGUAAUACGUGAAUGUAUGCAUUCGGUUCCCAGGGCGGGGAAAUGAACUUACCUGCAAACCCGCCUAGAGUUCCGUACGGACGACGGAGGUGUGUAAUCUCGUCUGUCUGUAUUCGUGCCUCUUGUCUCGGCGAACAAGUAUUAACCAUCUGGGGUGAAGAUUUGCAGGAGCGGGGGGAGCCGGGGGUGGGAGCGGGAGGGGGGGGAAGGUCGAGGUUCGGAAAUAAGCCAUGGAAUUGCGCGCGUGUGGAGGAGAAUAAAGGCGGUCGAGGGAGUGUUUUAUGCUGGCCCGUGCGUGGCAACGAACGCAACGCGCGGGGCGGGGGGGGCAUUGCCCCAAGGUAUACUGGUAUUUAACUAGUUAGAAAUUGCGCGCGCGUGCGGAGGAGUGUAGGUAGAGGUGGUGGUCGGGGGAGUGUUUCAUGCUCGUCCCUGCGCGGCAACGAACGCAUCUUGGACAGCUGCGGCCGUCGGUAUGUCGGUAAUCUCGGUAUGGCGCGCUGCGCACGAUGUGACUUGCAGUGAGACCGUCAUGUCUGCGUAUCGUGGAAGAUUACGUCAAUUUGUCAUUCUUCUCUUGGACUAUUUUGCUGGGGGGAAUUUGGCUGAUUUGAGAGCACUCCUCGAAAGUACCGAUAGUAUAUUUCUUACCUUCCUGCGCUGCGCUGUGUGCCAUUGGAUCCGUGAAGCAAUCAAUUGCUACGGUGCAUGCUUUCGUCCGUCUGCCCGUACGUCUGUCCGCUUGCAGCGCGCCGACGCCGCCGGAAUGUUCAUCGAAGCAACAGCGAUUGUUCGUUGAUGGUGUAUCGACUGUGCUAUCGCCAUCAUUGCCAUCGUGAUUAUCCCUGAGAGAUAUUGAUGAAUUGCUAAUAAAGGAAAUAGACUUCUCGUUUAUGUUUGAGCAAAUGACAUUGUCUCCAGUUCUUCUCCUCUCUCUCUCUCUCUCUCUCUCUCUCUCUCUCUUUGUCAAGUUGUGGUUUCUCUCUCCGUCUCUGUCAUUGUGCGUUCUUUCUCUCUCUCGUUCACUUGUCUUUCUAACUUGGCUUGUUGCCUCUCUCUCUCUCUCUCUCUCUCUGUAUGUGCCUUGGUUUAUGGAUUCGAUAACGUUUUAAGAACUUGCAAUCUGUGAAUUACCAAUUCUACUGUAGGUGUGUAGCGGUCGGUCACAAGGCAGGUUCGACCUGCAUGUCCGUCUGUCUGUCUGUUUAACUCUGUAUUCCUUUGCCUCUCUGUGUCCGUCUGACUGUAUAUGUCUGCUUCUCUCUGUAUGGACUUUUUUUCUCCUCGUGCGUUUGUGUUCUUUGGCCAAUGUCCUUUGUCUCCUAGACGGCUGGAUGAAGAAUAUCACUCUCUCUCUAUCCGAUUGGUGUGUUGAUACCUUGUUCAUGUUGCGUGGCCUGAAGUGAUGAUAGUUCGAGCUCCAGUUGAAUUAAAUAAGACAGACAGACAGACAGUCGGACACCUCUGCAGACGUUUUUAUUGCUCAUGUGAGGUGGAUUAUUUCUGGUAAGUACUUAGUGUCGUGUCUGCACCAAUAUUCAUUUAUUUCGUUUUUUUUUUUUUUUUUCAUCAGUAUCUUUCCCGCUUGCAUCUCACAAGUUAAUGUAAGCCGAUUUGAGUUGAGAUGAGUUGAGAUGAGGGCCUUCGCUCGCCUACUGUCGUCGAAAUGUGCAAAUCGAGAGUGAAUCUUCCGCUAGAACACGGAAAGAUACAGUGCCAUGAUUUUUGUCUGUUGUGCAUGUCGCGCGCGUAGUGGAGCGAGGCCCAAGAUAACUUAAGUUGGUACGGCGUGAGGUAAGAUGAGGUGAUAUGCCAUGUAAGUUCUUAUGAGUGUCUUAAUAAAUGAAAAUUCGCUCA